AUGGAUGUUAGUUUAAUAUGUUCCAAAGUCAAGAAAACAGAAAACAAAAAGCACAAAAAUAUCCACCCAAUAUUGGCAAACAAAAGUGACAAGCAAAAACUAUCAGAAAAGAGAAACGAAAAUGAUAAGCAAAACCACCAGAAAAGAGAAACGAAGCAACAAUCAAAAACUACCAAAAAAGAAAAAUGGGCAUUA